UUCUUUUUUUUCCUUUUUCCUUUUUUUUUUCCCACUUAUAGUUAAUUAUAUAUAAUAUAUUGAUGAAAUGCAUAUUGAAAUAGCUCAGGCUGUAGAAUUUCUUGGUAGACUUUUACAAAACAAAUUAGACCAAGAUAGUAUUUCUCGUUUUAAGGAAAAAUUGACUGAACUACUUAAACUAAAGUUCGCUGAUCAUUGGGAUGUUCAACAACCAUACAAAGGAAACGGUUUUAGAGCUUUAUCCAACUUUAAUGGUCAACUUGAUAGUGUACUUGUAAAAGCUGCCAAUAAUGCUUCCAUUUCUUCAGCUACUAUUUUCACUCAUCUUCCUCGUGAUUUUGUACUAUGGAUAGAUCCUUUUAAUGUGUCUUAUAGAAUGGGUGAUCAUGGGAAUAUCAUGACGUUAUUUGAAGAUCGUAGUCGUGGAAGAAUUACCUUCAAACUAGAUCCUAACAACAACAACAAUAAUAAUGGUAACAAUACAACAACGACAACAACUCUUCAACAUAAUUCAAGUACAACCAUCACUUCUAAUGGCAUGACAAGUCCUUCCAACAGUCCUUUAUUGCAAUAUUUACAACCAAGGACUUCUACACCUAUUCGUAUCUCUCCUCCCAAUAGUCCAGAAGCACAGAAAAUCAAGAAUCAUAUCAAUCAAUCUUCACCUUUAUCAAACCAGGUCACUCAAACGCCUCCAGAUAAUGAAGAAGAAGAAGGUCGGCACCUAGUCAUGGCAAACUGAUUUCCCUCCUCUUAUCAUAUCAUAGUUUAUUUAUACUUCAGUUACUUUCUACAAAAUGAUAUUCAAUGUAUAUUUUUUUUUUUUUUAUUUUUGCUUAUUUUUAUUUUAUCCUCAUCUUCCUUCCAUUCUCUCCAUUUUUGUAAUAUCUACAUUUCACCCGUUUCUAAUA